CGCCUGUAGGCUGCAAUAAAAACCUCUGGGCAUCAUUUCGCCGCCAGAGGACGCUUGUGAUUGAAUCCUGUCGAGAGUUUGACGCUGUCCAUAUCGCGCAUUCCAGUCGGCCGUCGCCCAUGGGCCCCCCGCCGGCCGCAGCGGACCGCUAAUGGCAGGGACCCCUCCGAAAUGAAUGAUGCAAGAGAUUCCAAACCCGCGGCUUGCCCGCCUGCAUUUGUCACCAACACAGGUACCUAACAGGACCCUGCGCUUCACUUGAGCCGCCGCUGCAACUUGCGACUGUGCACUCCUAGGUAUUUCAAGCAGUACACAAACACCCCCAUGCGAUUCUCGCCGCUGCUGUCCAAGGUCCUGUUCACCUUUUCCAACUUCACCCGCCUGCGGACCCCGCAUCUCGUCCAUCAGGCCCAUCUUGCCCGGCUGCGCCCCGUGCCCUUGAGGUCCAUGUCCGGCAUCCCGUUCCUGGGCGCUCUGUUUGGAUCCUCGUCUUCCAGCUCGUCCAAGAUGUCCUACCCCGACCAGCGUUCCGACGACGAGUGGCGGGCGGUGCUUAACAAAGAGCAAUUCCGCAUCCUCCGCGAAAAGGCCACCGAGCCGCCCGGGUCGGGCAAGUUCGACAAGCACUACCCGGAGGAGGGCGUCUACACGUGCGCGGGGUGCCAGGCGCCGCUGUACAAGGCCAAGCAAAAGUUCUCGUCGGGCUGCGGCUGGCCGGCGUACUUUGACAGCAUCCCCGGGGCGGUGACGCGGCACGAGGACAAGGCGUUUGGCAUGACGCGGACCGAGAUUGUGUGCUCCAACUGCGGCGGCCACCUGGGCCAUGUGUUCAAGGGCGAGGGCUUCCCGACGCCGACGGACGAGCGGCACUGUGUCAACAGCGUGAGCCUCAGCUUUUCGCCCGACGACAAGGCCAAGGAGAGCAAGGCCUAGGCGUGCGGUGGUGAGUGGACGUCGUCGUGUGUGUUGCGUAGGAUGGGCUGGAUGCGGGUAAAUGUCAUGUUGCAAGGCGUCACGAGCUGGGGUGUGUGUGUGUGUGUUUGGCGGCGGGCGGGGCGGUCAACGGGCAGCGGAUGGUGUAGGAGUUGGGAGCAGAGUCGGCGACAGUUAGGUCACUGAGUUUGAGAUGAAUAUACGCAUACUG